AUGUCCAAGUUUGCAGUGCGUGUAGACGCGGCGGUAUCCGCCCUCGGUGGUGGAGCUGGUGCUGGGCUAGAUGAGAAUGACUUCAUAGAUGCCUCCCGUCUCGUGUACGAUGCCGUCAGGGAGAUACGGCGGGCUGUGCUCAUGAACAGGGACGAAGAGGAACUAGACCCAGAAGAUGUGGAACUGGACGAGCAUUACACUCUCGAAACACGUAGCAAAUGUGAGCCGCGAUACUAUAGUAGUUGUACGAGUGAUGAUCUUGACACGGACACGGAGUUCGAACCCGUCGAGGACAUGACCAUGGAGACUAGGAGUCGAUCGAGUGCCCAUACCGGGGAGCACGGUGUGGACGAGUAUCCCGACAUCAGUGGCAUAACCAAUGCUAGGGAAGCCAUGCGCAAAAUGACAGAAGAGGACAAACGCAAGAUCCUACAACAAGUAGAACUCUUCAGACGCGAGAAGAUGACGUUCGACAACGAGGUGGCCAAGUGGGACGACGCUGGAAACGACAUCAUAAUGCUGGCGAAACAUAUGUGCAUGAUUAUGUUGGAAAUGACAGAUUUUACAAGAGGUCGUGGUCCUCUCAAGACAACAAUGGAUGUGAUCAACGCGGCCAAAAAGAUUUCUGAAGCUGGAACUAAACUGGACAAACUAACUAGAGAAAUUGCUGAACAGUGCCCAGAGUCUUCAACAAAGCAAGACCUACUGGCUUACCUCCAACGCAUAGCGCUGUAUUGCCAUCAAAUACAGAUAACAAGCAAAGUGAAAGCAGAUGUGCAAAAUAUAUCGGGAGAGCUGAUUGUUAGUGGGCUGGACAGUGCGACAUCUCUCAUACAAGCUGCCAAAAAUCUAAUGAAUGCAGUCGUCCUAACUGUGAAGGCUUCAUACGUCGCCUCUACGAAGUACACAAGGCAGGGAACUAUAGCGUCGCCGAUAGUUGUGUGGCGUAUGAAAGCACCGGAGAAGAAGCCCCUGAUCCGUCCCGAGAAGCCCGAGGAGGUGCGCGCGAAGGUGCGCCGCGGCAGCCAGAAGAAACAACCGAGCCCCGUGCACGCGCUCGCCGAGUUCCAGAGCCCCGCCGACAGUGUCUGG